AUAAGGUACCUAUUUUGGAGAAGAAAAAACUACCAGUUGUAGGAAUUGGGAAGCAUUUGUGUGGUGCUGCGACAGAUCUUGCUUUAAGAUGUUUGGUUGAAAGUUAUACAACUUGCUGUGGUGGAGAAACUGAAGAGCCUGCACCGAAACGCUCUAGGACUGAUAAGACAGAGGAGGCUUCUAACAAUUCUGCCAAUAACGAAAGCAACAAAGACGACUGUAAGCCUGUAGCUGGAAUUGUUAUUGCGCUGUGUUGCCAUCACAAGUGUGACUGGACACAUUAUGUAGGCAGAGAGUUCUUUAAAUCAGUAGGACUUGGACCAGUAGAAUUUCAUUAUUUUCAGAGAAUGAGUAGCUGGGCAACUUGUGGCAUGCGAGAAACCACAGCCAAAACCUCUGCAAGUGAAGAAAGUGAAGAUCAAACUAACAACACAGAAGAACAUGAGCAAACAUUCAGCAAGGCAGAGAGUGGCUCUGAUUCUUUACGAGGGAUACUUACUGUUGAAGAACGAAAGGAGAUAGGUUGCCUCUGUAAACUGCUGAUUGAUCAUGGACGAAUUGAAUAUUUACAACAACGAGGAUACAAGGCUGCACUACAGUAUUACACAGAGUCUGCUGUGUCCUUGGAGAAUGUCCUGUUGACAGCUGUCCCAAGUCCAUCUUUGAUACCAGAGCCCACUACAUGACAGGAGACAGAUUUGGAAUUGGUAGGAAUAAAAAACUCCACAACUACAAAACUUAUCUGGAUUUUUAAAAAGCAAGUUCAUUGCUUACAAAAGAACUGUUUUAGUCUUUCCUGUACCCAGGAAAAGGUCUUCUAUUUCCCAGUUUCACUGGGAAUUGCAAAUAUGCAAACCAGUUCUCAUCAGUGGAAAAAUAAAAUCCCUAAGAAUA